CCCCCCGACACACAUUCUUCUCCUCCUGUCAUCUUUGGGCGGCUGUUAUUGCUUACCCUAGGACGAUUCUCGUCCUCUGCCGAGGAGUGGGACAGAGGGGCUGGGCGUCUGGAUGGACACACGCUCCCAUGGACCCGUAGUUUCCGCGUGGGCAGGACUUCCAGACGCAGCAAUGACAGAAUAUUAAGAGUCUGCAACUCUGGCCACCGCCACACACUUUGUGCUCCUUUUUGUACGGACCAAAGCCCAUUUUGAUAAUUAUUUUUCUACAAGUGAAUCUUAAUCUGUGGGAUUUUACUACGGACCAGUCUUUUUAUCCGCUUUAAUGUGAUACGGACGUCGUUUUAAAUCCACUCUGCACCUGAUAACGGCCAUAUAAAUACCUGGACCAGAAGACACGGAUAACCAACCAACAACAACAACAACAACAACAACAACAACAACACCAACAACAACGCUCUGAAGGCAAAAGGCGUCAACACCGGACAACGCCCUCCUGACUCAGGAGAACCCUCCAGAACUCUACUGUCGCUCUGGCUCGCUCUGAGGCUAUGACAGGGAGAGAGGAACGCCACGCUAAACCAUCAUGCUACUUCUGAGAAGCAGCGAUGAGACGUCGGCUGGCAAAACACAAGCCUGGCUGACGGCAGGGAGCCCCACGGGCCCUCCUUCACCAUCGGGAAGGCCAUCUGGCUGCUGUGGGGUCUGGUGUUCAACAACUCCGUGCCGGUCCAGAACCCAAAGGGCACCACCAGUAAGAUCAUGGUGUCGGUGUGGGCCUUCUUCGCUGUCAUCUUCCUGGCCUCCUACACUGCCAACCUGGCCGCCUUCAUGAUCCAGGAGGAGUACGUGGACCAGGUCACCGGCCUGUCCGACAAGAAGUUCCAGAGGCCCAACGACUUCUCCCCGCCGUUCCGCUUCGGGACGGUCCCGAACGGUAGCACAGAGCGGAACAUCAGGAACAACUACCCGGAAAUGCACGGCUACAUGGUGAAGUUCCACCAGCGCAACGUCAACGAUGCCCUGCAGAGCCUUAAGACUGGGAAGCUGGACGCCUUCAUCUACGACGCGGCGGUGCUGAACUACAUGGCAGGACGCGACGAGGGCUGCAAGCUGGUGACCAUCGGCAGCGGGUACAUCUUCGCCACCACGGGAUACGGCAUCGCCAUCCAGAAGGAGUCCAUGUGGAAGAGACACGUGGACCUGGCCAUCCUGCAGCUGUUUGGCGAUGGUGAGAUGGAGGAGCUGGAGGCUAUGUGGCUGACAGGGAUCUGCCAUCACGAGAAGAACGAGGUGAUGUCCAGCCAGCUGGACGUGGACAACAUGGCGGGCGUGUUCUACAUGCUGGGCGCGGCCAUGGCGCUCUCCCUCAUCACCUUCAUCUGCGAGCACUGGUUCUACUGGCAGCUGCGCUUCUGCUUCAUGGGAUACUGCUCCGGACAGCCCGGCUUCGUCUUCUCCAUUAGCAGGGGCAUCUACAGCUGCAUCCACGGCGUGCAGAUCGAGGAGAAGAGCAGCUCAGGCCUCAACUCCCCGUCGGGCACCAUCAACAACACCCACUCCAACAUCCUGCGGCUCCUGCGCACCGCCAAGAACAUGGCGUCCCUCUCGGGCGUCAACGGCUCGCCGCACAGCGCGCUGGACUUCAUCCGCCGCGAGUCGUCCGUCUACGACAUCUCGGAGCACCGCCGCAGCCUGGCGGGCCACUCGGACUGCAAGCCCCAGUACCCGCCCGACGACAACAUGUUCAGCGACUACAUCAGCGAGGUGGAGCGGACGUUCGGCAACCUGCACCUGAAGGACAGCAACCUGUACCAGGACCACUACCUGCACCACCACACCGGCUCUGCGCUGGGCCUCAACGGGCCACCCGCCAACCGGCCCCUCAGCCUGGGCAGCGGCAGCUCCCUGGAGGGGGGCAUGUUCGACUGCGACAGCCUGGGCGGAGGGGUGGCGCCCAUCUUCACCACGCAGCCCCGCUCGGCGCUGACCCACCGCAACAUGAGUAAGUUCGACCUGCUGUCGGGACAGGCGCCCCCCCCGGGGCCGGGCUUCCAGGGCGGCCUGCCCGACCUGUACGGCAAGUUCUCCUUCAAGGCGGGGGCCUCCAGCUCCAACUACGUCCCCGGCCACGGCUACUGCGGCGGGCGGCCCGGGGACGACGACGGCAACGCUCGCUCGGACGUGUCGGACAUCUCCACGCACACCGUGACCUACGGCAACCUGGAGGGCAACGCCAAGAAGCGCAAGCAGUACCGCGACAGCCUCAAGAAGAGGCCGGCCUCGGCCAAGUCGCGCCGCGAGCUGGACGAGAUUGAGCUGGGCUACCGGCGGAAGCCGUACCACAUCAGCCACCACCACUACCACAACCACCGCUCGGCCUCGCCGCCUCCGCCCCUACCCGCCGAGCGCAAGAGGGGCGGCGGAGUCGGGGGCGGAGGAAUGGGGAGCAACGGGGGCAGCGCCUACAUGUUCAGAGACAAGGAGAGCGUGCGGGACUUCUACCUGGACCAGUUCCGUCCCAAAGAGGGCGUGCCCCAGUGGGAGCACGUGGACCUGACGGACGGGCCCCGGGACGGGGUGGUGGGCGGGCCGGGGCCCUGCACCCAGCUGGUCCCCGUGGACGACUUCCUGAAGAGCAAACCCAAGAAGCCCGACUCCAAGGGCGACUGGGAGUGCCGGACCUGCCGGGCGAGCUGCAGCGGGAAGCCGAUGUCGGUCCACGGGGUGGGGUAUGGCGGCGGGGUGAGCUGCGGGUCUUCGGGGGGCGGUGGCGGCAGCCGGCCGAGCUCGGCCACCUGCAUGCGGUGCGAGGGCUGCAAGAAGACGGGGAACCUGUACGACAUCAGCGAGGACAACAACCACCUGUUGGAACAGCUGGGGGGGGGCGGGGGGGGCGGCGGGCCUCAGCUCCAGCAGAGGAGGAGGAGCGGCGGCUUCGGGAAGCCGCUGAGGAGGCAGCACUCCUACGACGCCUUCGUGGACCUCCAGAAGGAGGAGCUGGCCGGGAUGGGCAACAUGCUGGGCGGGCCGGGAGGAGGCCCCGGCGGAGGCGUGAUGCUGCCGCCGCCCCGCAGCGUCAGCCUGAAGGAGAAGGAGCGCUACCUGGAGGGCACCAGCCCCUUCGCGCACAUCUUCCAGCGCCACGGCGGGUCGGAGCGGGACCGCGACCCGCUGUUCUACGGCGGCGAGAGCCACGCGGGGGGCGGGUCUCCGUUCGGCGUCGUCCGGGGCGACGGCGUCCACCGCCGCUCGGUGGGGGAGCGGGACAUGAGGGAGCGCUCUCUGAUGGAGGGAGGGGGCUCGGGCUUCUCCCUGUCCAAGUCUCUGUACCCCGACCGGGUCAACCACAACCCCUUCAUCCCCACCUUCGACGACGACCAGUGUCUGAUGCACGGGGCCAAGCAGUACUACAUGAAGAAGCAGCAGCAGCAGCAGCACGGCAGCCGGGGUGACCUCAGGGCCCCCAUGGGCGUCACGUCCUACCUGCCGGCCUCGGCCACCGCGGGGGUCAUGUCCAACGUGGCCCCGCGGUUCCCCAAGGACCUGGGCCUAGGGGGCAUGAACCACCACGGCUCCAUGCUGGGGGUCGGGCCCCCCCGGCCCUUCAACGGAAGCAACGGUCACGUGUACGAGAAACUGUCCAGCAUCGAGUCAGACGUGUGAGGCGGCGCCGGAAGAGGAGGAGGCGGAGGCGGUCGAGGGGGUGGACCUGAUAGUGUGACGGUUCAGGGGGCCGAUGCACCGAGGAGCGAGGCAGAUGUGCAAAUCUAAAGUUUGAAACAGUUGCUCGCUUUUAUAGCUUUGCUUGAUUUUUUUUUUAGUGGGGGCAGCAGUUGAAAUGAUCCAAAGAUCUAGAAACGAGGGUGGGGGUCACAUUUUAAUACCCAUCUCAGAUCGGGUCAAAGCUUUUUAAAGCGGUCCACUAGACGUUACCUGUGAGGUAGACACCUGAGCACCUAACGAGGCUAACGAGGCCUCUGAUUGGUUGAUGGACGGUGGACUGUGUGCAUAGACUGAGGAAGAGGAGGACGAGGCAUCGUGCUACGCCACGAUGGUUCCAGAAACCCUCCCUGAACUGUAUCUCUCUCCCUCUGUCUCCCCCUCCCCCAGCCCUCUUUACAUUAUCUCCUCCCUCCUCCCCUUACCUCCCGCAUUCCUCCAGAUGCCAAAUUACUUAUUCUUGUUUGCCGUGAGAAACACAAUCAUGAAUGAUACUAUGAUAUUCUCACAGAAAUUACAGGGUACUUGAGCAUCAAUAUGAACAAUAAUAUUGUGUAUAACAAAGAUAUUAGUAUUAAUAAUAAUGAUAACUCUGGUUACGAUAUCACAAUGUUUUUUCUUAUUACUUCUUGUUUGGUCGGUAGGAGAUUCCACUGCUGUUUUUAGAAAUCCUAGUCCUGUGCGCUUGCCUGCCCCUAGUGGCCGACCUAGGGUCUGUUCUGUUCAGCAACACGCCAGAAAGACUGAACAAAGCGCUUCGCUGACUAUUUUUUCUGUUGUUGCUGUAAUUCUUUAAUUUUUUUUAAGCAGAAUAAGAAACACCGCUCCUUUUGUCGCACCUUUACUCACCCUUCACGGCGAACACGCCGCCACAGAUCUCCAGAGAUCUCACUGACCUGGUUUGCACUGAGAGACUGAGAGUCACCGACACACCGGAACGAGCACCCCCACGGCACACACACAAACGCACACCUGUCCGCCGGCCCACACACAGUUGUCUGGGUCUGGGGGGGUCGCGACCCCAGUCCGACUGGAGGGGACCUCCCGCUGAUUCGGGACGUGCCUUAACCAGUCGCCGUCCUCCCCGGGCUCCCCCCCGGCGGGUGUCGGGCGUCGUGGGGCGGACCCCGAUGAGCCAAGCCCGCCCCCGGCUCGUACCGCGGCCGGCUUUUAAAGACACACCUUUUGUACCCUCAUCACGUCACAUCGUGUCGCUGGCGUGUCUCUCGUCAGCCCAACGAGCUUUAGACCACUUGAUUUGUUCAGGUAACCAUGGCGUCCAUCGCUAUCUCUCUCUCUCUCUCUGUCUCUCUCUCUCUCUCUCUCUCUCUCUCUCUAUCUUCUUGAGGGUGUUCCCUCCCCCUGUAUGCCACCCCCCUCCCCCAU